AUGACGGUGUUGCCAAAUGAGAGAGGCUUUCAGAAUGCUGCUAAAAGCAAUAAUUUGGAUCUCAUGGAGAAGCUAUUUGAAAAGAAGGUUAACAUUAACGCUAUGAACAUUAUGAACCAGACAGCCCUGUACUUUGCAGUGGGGAGGAAUAAUUUAUCUGCAGUGGAUUUCUUGCUUAAUCGCAAGGCCAGGGCGGAUGUUGCUGAGAAGCACGGCUUAACAGUAAUUCAUCUGGCAGCCUGGUCUGAAAGUCUUGAGAUCAUGCUCAUGCUAGUGAAAGCUGGUGUGGACCAGAGAGCCAAGAAUCAGGAAGGAAUGAAUUCUCUCCACUUUGCAGCUCAGAGCAACAGCGUGCGAAUCGCUGACUACCUCAUUCAAGAUCUGCACCUGAAGGACCUGAACCAGCCUAAGAGGUGUAAAGGAAGAAAGCGGUUUAUUUUGGUAGCUGAGAAAGGCCAUGCUUAAAUGAUUGAAAAACUAAUCUCCCUUAAUUUGCACACUUCAGAAAAGGACAAGGAAGGCAACACUGCCCUACAUCACACUGCGAAAUAUGACCAUGCUCCUGCAGUGCAAGUGCUGCUAACUCAGUGGCAAGAAAUAAAUGAGACCAAUGAGCUCAAUAUCAGUGCUUUGCAGAUAGCAACCUGGGAUGACCAUGGAUCGCUUGUUAGUUUUCUUCUCAAAUAGAAUGUUGAUUUGCACCAGAAAGUGGAACCCAAGGAGUCCCCUCUCCAUUUAGCUGCUACCAACAACCAUGUCGCAGUUGUAAACAGCCUCUUACGUGCACAACAUGAAGCUGACAUCUUAAAUCAGAGACAGCAAACCCCUUUGCAAAUAGCUGCUGAUUGUGGGAAUGUGGAGCUGGUGGAGAUCCUCCUGAGGGCAGACUGUGACCUGAAGAUCGUGGACAAGCUAGGAAGGACAGCCCUGGCCCAGGCCUCCAGGAGCAACCACAGCCUUGUUGUGCACAUGAUUAUUAAAGCAGAGAGGUUCUAUGCCUGGAGAGAGAGUCAACAUGAGACCACUGAGGACCCAGCCUCCAGCUUUCCUCUGUCCUUCAAACAAGAUCACAGUCUGGAGACCAGACACAUUUGCACCUGCCUCUGGAACCUGGCUUACCAUCAGAUAAAAGCCAACACGUGAAAGAGGCUGGCCCGUUCGUGGGGCUUCAUGGAAGACCAGAUCCAACCCAUUGAGGAUACCCAUGUGGGAAACGAAAGCUUCCGUGAACACGGCCACAAGGCUCUGCUCAUUUGGCUGCACGGGGUCCCGAUGAUGUAGGCCAAUCCCACCAAGCACGUGGAUGAAGAGCUGGGAUGCGCAGGCUUCCCAGAACUAGCUGAAAAGAUCUGCCAAUUCAAAAGUGACACCGACUCAAGCUCUAAGAAAUGUGCAGUUUCAUAA